AUCAGUUACUCAAGAUGUUGUCGUCCAAGUUAGUUUGCUUCGCACUGGCCAGUUUGGCCUUUGGUCAACUUAAUAUAGUGGCCAGCGAGGAAACCAUUGCCGUUUGUCCCACCAACUUCGUCCAGGUGGCGGGCAAGUGCCUCCUCUUGGAUGGUAAAUGGAAGAACUUCUACGAGUCGGAUCGUCACUGUCAAUCCCUUAACGCCGGACUUCUGAGCAUUGACAAUCCAACGGAGCUCAAUGCCAUCAAUAAAUGGCUGCCAAUUGUUGCACCCCAUACGCCGGAGCUAUGGACAUCCGGCAAUAAGCUGGGCGGAACUGCCGAUUACUACUGGCAGAGCAUUGGCCAGAAGGCUGCUUACCUUCCCUGGCGGGUCGGCCAACCCACUCCCACCACCGGCGAUUGCCUCACACUGCUGGCUAACGUCACCAUGACUGCCGAAGAGACCAUAAUGAGCGAGCACCGCCUGGCCGUGAAGGCCUGCACCCAAUGGGCACCCCACAUCUGCCAGGCCCCAGUGCAAAUCUUCAAGACCCAGCUUUGCCUUAAUACUAAUGCUUUCUUCGAGGCCAAGGUACCCGUCUAGGUAAAUUGUUACCGUUCUCGUGUU